CAACACUCGCUUAUAUCGUACAAUUACUUGCACUUUAUCGUUUUUGUGACGUUUAAUUUAAUCGUGCGCGCGUAAGCUUGAAAGAAGCCGCGUGGAUCUGCUGUUUCAGCCGCGUGAGGAAAUGUGUUUCUUCGGUGAGAACGAGGUGAAUGGGAGAGAAAAUAGUUGAACGGAAAAAGAAACGAGCGGAAUAUAAAAGGGUCGAACAAAAUAAUAGGCUGACCUCGAGAAUUGUGAAAUCGAAUUGUACACACGUAUACACGACAGCUCUCGACUCGAGUUAUAGAAUAAACGAAUUUUGCGAAAAUACGUCUCCGCGUCAUUCGAAGAAACAGUGGCUGAUACCAUUGAAUUAAUGGAAACAAACGAAACAAAUAGUAAUUCUGAGGCAGAUGUAAAUAGUGACGAACCCAAUCAAUUGGCUGAAGACAGUGUAGUUGAACCUUUUAUAAGAGGAGGAAUAACUAAUGAUGACAAACUUACAAUUCCCACUUGCUCAAACGAUGUUGGCAAUCUAAAACAGAAUAGGAGGGAAGAUGUUUUAAGUAGAACAAGAAAGAAUAUCAGUGUAAAAACUUGCAUAGACAGUUGUUCAUUGAAAAAUAAGAUAACAGGUUGUAAAGUUCCAAAACCUGGUACAAUAGUAUCACCUAAAAUUGUUAGAAAAGCCGGUCCUUAUAUACUUGGGCCUAUCAUUGGUUCGUCACCUGUGCGUAGCAUUGUACAGUGUUUGGCAAGGAAAGAAGGCACUGAUAAAUAUUAUACAAUUAAAAUAUUAACUUUGAAAGACUGUAUGGAAUAUGAGAAUCAAGAUGAUAGACAAGGUAAAAUGCUACUCCACUCUGAAUAUUCUUUGCUGAGUCUUCUGCAUAAUCAGGAUGGGGUUGUACAUCACCAUGGAUUUUUUAAGGAUUUUGCUCUAGAAGAAAAAAUUACAAACUCAGGGGCUGUAUAUACUGGAUGGAUAAAACAACGAUUAUGUUUGGUUCUUGAUUGUUUAAUAUGUCAUGAUUUUAAUCCAAAUAGUGAGACUUCAAUCAAUUUACAACAUCAUGUUAUCAAAGAAAAAAAAUUAACAGAAAAAGAAAGUCUUUUAAUAUUUUUUGAUACAGUUAGAAUAGUUGCUUGUCUACAUGAAAAAAAUAUAGUUCAUAGGGACUUGAAAUUAGGUAAUCUAGUGUUGAACAAGCGAACGAGAAAAGUGACAAUUACAAACUUUUGCUUAGGCAAACAUUUAUCUUCUGAAAAUGACUUACUUAAAGAUCAGAGAGGUUCUCCUGCUUAUAUAUCACCAGAUGUUUUAUGUGGAAAACCAUAUCUUGGAAAGCCAUCAGACAUGUGGGCUUUAGGGGUAGUUUUAUAUACUAUGCUAUAUGGACAGUUCCCAUUUUACGAUAGCAGCCCUACACAGUUGUUUACAAAAAUCAAAGCAGCUAACUAUUAUAUACCAAUGGAUGGUAGAGUGUCAGAAGGGACAAUAUCAUUAAUCAGAAACCUUUUAGUUUUACAACCCCUGAAACGUCUCACAGCAGUUCAAGUUCUCGAUUCACUAACAACAAUAAUAGCCAUGUUUAAAGUACCAAGAACCAUUGGAGAUGACGAGGAAGAACAAGUCGUACCAGAUAUUUCUAUGGAAAUCUCUGGAGAAAUCUCCGAGAAAAAAUCAGAGAAAAAAGAAGAUAGUUUGUCUAGCAGAAAAAUACUAACAGACUUUUCUAAACAAAUCACACUGCAGGAACAAAUGCAUCAAAUGAUGAAGCAACAGCCAAGUCCUUUUGUUAUUCGGCCAAAACCUUAUACUCAAAUCCCAGUUUAUAGAGUCAAUUCCGACGCGAGAGAAUUGACUCCAACCGAGUUAGAUAAAUACCGACACCUCAUACCUCGCGAAAACCAGCGUCCACUACCCUACAGUCGUAACAAUGGAAACGACGGGCUUCUACUACGAGUCAGAGGUUGUCUAAGAAACAGGAACAACUCGGUUAAUCAAAGUAGUAUACAGAACAGAGAUCAUCAUUUAAACUUUCGUCCGAAUCAUCCUACUGGACCUAGUGGUAGUGGUGUGAAUAAUCUGAACGAGGGGAUUUUUCUCAGUCAACCACAAGAUUUAAAUGCGUCAACUUUGUCGAGACAGCUGAUCAAUUCUUCACGCCAAGGAAAUGAAGCAAAUUUGUCUCAAAAUGAUGUAGCAUUGACACCUGAUUUUAGCAGGUCUGGUAGGAGUGUUCCUAAUUUAGGAUCUAACUUCAGUCAAUGGAUAAACGCCGUGGUAGCUGCACGAGAAAAUCAUUCAGGAUCAAACUCAAACGAAGCAUAUCCUAACAGUGAGGACCAAUUAAGUAACUCACCAAGUUACAAUCAUCUAAAUGUUCCCCUUCAUUUUAGUCAAAGACCGCAAGGUUCACAUGUCGCCGGUCCGUCAGUCGAAUCUAACAGACCUUUAUUUAGUCAUUCGCACGAUCAGCGAUUCAGAAACUGGAUAUCACCAUCUUACAGACGUCAACAGAGUCGAAGUCGAGAUAGUGUAGAUAGAAAUUCAGUGCCUAGAAGAUUAUCUAUUCAUAAUCGUAAUGUACCCUAUCUUGCGAAUUUCAGACACUUAGACCGCACAUUUACGGAUUUGAACGUUGCUCAAACGAGCGUAAGAAGGACGAACUCAGAUUCGAAUUUGGGAAGAUCGUUCGAAGUCGUCAUGAAUAACACUGAAGAAAAUACCAACGGGGAACACACUUUGGCAAAUUUUAUAAGACACGUCAGUCAGGAGUCACACGAAGCUUUUCUACGCCAUGGGCUCAAUAGCCGUAACGUAUCUCCAUCGUCGAAUGGAGCACCGUCAAAUUUAUCAUCUCUUAGAAGGGACAUCGCUUUGAGAUUAUUAUCUACUGUCACUAAUCGUACUCACGAACAGUCGCCUAAUAGUAAUGAUAACAGUAACGAGGAAGGAGUUUGAGCGCGCGUGUGGAAUUAAAAAAAUCCUAAGUUAUCUCGAAUUUAAUAAGUGUUCCUUAAUCACAAGUGAUGGACGAUGAAUGUUCUUUUAGCGAUAUCUUGCGGAAAAUUUCAACUUUUAACACGUGCAAUUGUUAUGUGAAUGAGUAUUUUCAU